CGCGGGGGACGCGGGGACGCUCCCCGGCACGUGCGGCGCCUCGCUGGUGCGAACACGGCGGCGUGCGCCGGGGGCGACACCCGUGGUAGUGACCGUGGCGCCCUCGCGGUGACGGCCUGACCUCUGCUGCGGUUUGGGCUCGGAGCUGGGUGGUGUUUUCUUCUGCAGAACGCAGUGUCUAAAUUGGGAAGCAUUAAAUCAGGCGCAGCGCAAGAUGAGCUCGGGCAGCGCCGCUGCCAGAGCCCUGCGGGGCUGGGUUAUUGCCGCAGCCUCCCGAAAAUCCUGGCUGGCUCUCGUGCGGGGUCCCCCGGGGCUCGUGGGCACGGCGGGGGCGGAGGAGCGUUUUUGGGGAGGGAGGCCGGCUCCCUUUCAGUGAAGGAUGAGGAGGGGAAGCUGGAAAGAGCCAACGUUUUGGUUUCAUUGCGUCUCAGUCACACCAAAUAGCUGCCUGUUGAGCGAACAGCUGUGCCGCCGUGCCGUUGUCCCCCAGGUAGAGGUGGCAGUGCCAAACCCCCGCAGUCCAGCUUGUCCAUCGGUGCUUAGAGCCCGGGGUGUCCCUCGCCACCGAGGAGGGUCCUGGCCUCUCCCUGGGGCCGGACCUUCUGGAUUGUCACAGGAUCACAGAUGGUUUGGGCUGGAGGGGCCUUAAAGCUCCCCCAGUGCCCCCUGCCAUGAGCAGGGACAUUUCCCAGCUCAGGGUGCUCAGAGCCCCGUCCAGCCUGGCCUGGGAUGUCUCAGGGAUGGUUCAGCCACCACCUCUCUGGGAACCUGGGCCAGGCUCUCACCACCCUCAGGCCAACAAUCCUUCCUCAUGUCCGGCCUGAAUCUCCCUCCUUUAGUUUAAACCAUCACCCCUUGUCCUAUCACAACAGGCCCUGCUCCAAACUGUCCCCAGCUUUCUUAUCGACACUUUUUAAGUACAGAAAGGCCACACUAAGGUCUGCCCGGAGCUUCUCCUCCCCGGGCUGAGCCCCCAGCUCUCUCAGCCUUUCCCCCCAGAGCUGUUCAGCCUCGGAUCAUUUCUGUGGCUCCUCUGGACUUGUAAAAGAUUGUUGUUGUAAAUGUUAUUUCUCUCCUCUGAGAGCCCCUGAAAUCCCCGAGGGCUCAUUGCUGAGCACAGGGGGAGGCACCACAGCUGCUGAAUCCUCCUCUGUGCCAGCUCCGUGUCCCACACCAGGUCCGUGUCUCAGUGCCAGGUCCGUGUCCCACACCAGGUCCGUGUCCCACACCAGAUCCAUGUCCCAGUGCCAGGUCUGUGUCCCAGUGCCAGGUCUGUGUCCCAGUGCCAGGUCUGUGUCCCACACCAGAUCCAUGUCCCUGUGCCAGGUCCGUGUCCCACACCAGAUCCAUGUCCCAGUGCCAGGUCUGUGUCCCAGUGCCAGGUCUGUGUCCCACACCAGAUCCAUGUCCCAGCGCCAGGUCCGUGUCCCACACCAGGUCCAUGUCCCGCUGCUGGGUCUGUGUCCCACACCAGAUCCAUGUCCCUGUGCCAGGUCCGUGUCCCACACCAGGUCCGUGUCCCGCUGCCAGGUCCGUGUCCCACACCAGGUCCAUGUCCCACACCAGAUCCAUGUCCCAGUGCCAGGUCCGUGUCCCACACCAGGUCCGUGUCCCACACCAGGUCUGUGUCCCACACCAGAUCCAUGUCCCUGUGCCAGGUCUGUGUCCCAGCGCCUGGUCUGUGUCCCACACCAGGUCCGUGUCCCAGUGCCAGGUCUGUGUCCCACACCAGAUCCAUGUCCCAGCGCCAGGUCCGUGUCCCACACCAGGUCCAUGUCCCGCUGCUGGGUCUGUGUCCCACACCAGAUACAUGUCCCACUGCCAGGUCUGUGUCCCAUACCUGGUCCGUGUCCCACUGCCAGGUCCGUGUCCCACUGCCAGGUCCGUGUCCCGCUGACGGGUCUGUGUCCCACACCAGAUCCAUGUCCCUGUGCCAGGUCUGUGUCCCACACCAGAUCCAUGUCCCAGUGCCAGGUCUGUGUCCCAGUGCCAGGUCUGUGUCCCACACCAGAUCCAUGUCCCAGUGCCAGGUCUGUGUCCCAGUGCCAGGUGCGUGUCUCAGUGCCAGGUCUGUGUCCCACACCAGAUCCAUGUCCCUGUGCCAGAUCUGUGUCCCCCGCUGUGUCCCCAUCUCAGUCUCAGUCCAUGCUGCCCUGCCCAACGUGCUGAGCACCACCGGCUGCUGGAGGUUCCCAGCAGAGCCCUGGUGCUGGGAGAGCUGGGACGCCAUGGGGGCAGAGCACCCAUUAGAUGGGCUGCAGGACUGUCCCACCCCGGGGCUUCAUGGUGUCCCCUCCAGGAGUGUGGGGCUGUCACCCGCAGGGCUUCAUGGUGUCCCCUCCGGGAGCGUGGGACUGUCACUCGUGGGGCUUCAUGGUGUCCCCUGCUGGAGCGUGGGGCUGUCACCCAUGGGGCGCUGGGGCUGCUGGACCCCUGACCAUGUCUGGAGACUGGGAGAGCGGGGGCUGUUCAGCUGCAGAAGGGAAGCUGAGAGGGACUUUAUUGAUGUCACCACGGGUGCCCUCGUCCUGCAGCAAACGGCCCAGCUGGUGAGCGGUACCUGCACUCGCUUUAAAGCACUUUAUAUUUAUGGGGAUGUUGGGUUAGCCCCAAGGGGACUUGGGUUUUUUUACAGGCUAUUAUUAGUGUUAGGAAGAAAGCCUGGAGGAUCCCCUGGAGCCAGAGACAAAGCGGGACUGAGCGAGGAGGGCUCUGGCAUCUCGUGAUGUUCCGUUUGUCAAAACCCAACGGUGAAGAAAGGUGUUUCUUUCCUCUGGGUAGAAUGACCGAGGUGGUGACAUGGGGCACACCGAGCAGUGUCCCCGGCUGCUCCGCACCGUGGUGGCCCCGUCUGCAUCUGGCGAAGCUGCCGCUCACGCUGGCUCCUCCCGCCGGAGGGGAUGAGUGGAACCAGGUGCUGUGGAUGGCAGGGCUGCCGUCUGAUCAGCCUUUUAUUUACACCACAUGGCAGAACAGAAUUAAGAGAACCCGCUGCGUUGGAGGGGCGGCUUGGCGGAGCCCGAUCGUGGUUGUCCCGGGGCUGUUUGGCGCUGGUGCUCCCCGAGCUCGUGGCUCUUGCCCUGUCCCCUCAGGGUGUUUGUGGCCGUGAUUGGGAUGUGGCUUUGUGCAACCUCCCGAUGGGAUGCGACACUUGCGCCGCCGUUGUGGCUUUGGGCUCCUGCAGCCAGAUCCGUCUGCUCUCGUCAUGCUUGUCCUCCGGGGUGUCUCUUGGAUGGGCAAAAUGGGCAGAUGCUGGCCAGAGCCUGUGCCGUAACACGGGGAGCACUGAAAGGAACUUGGAGCAGCUGGUUGUUGCCCCCAGGGAAGGAGACGCAGGAGCCAGAACCGCCUGCUCGCCUCCAGAAGCGUCUGGACUCCAAACAGCGUUGGGGACACAAACCAGAAGGCGCUGAGCUCCGUCCACGGCCGCUGCUCCAUCCGUGGGACGGGGCUGGGCUGGAUGAACCCGUGUCCCUCGCCACGCUGGGGUCUGGGUCCUCUGGCAGCUGUUGAGCACGAGAGCAAAUGUGUGGGAUGCGACAUCUGUCGAGCAUGAGAGCGAACGUGCGGGAUGCGACAUCUGUCGAGCAUGAGAGCGAACGUGCGGGAUGCGACAGUCCCUGGAUCCUUGUGGGAAAAGCCAAUGUGCCAGAUGGGAGGUCGGUGAGAACCAGAGGAUCAAUAGGAGCCAGAGGAUCGGUGGGAACCAGAGGAUUGUCAGGAACCAGAGGAUCGGUGGGAGCAAGAGGAUCAAUAGGAGCCAGAGGAUCGGUGGGAACCAGAGGAUCGGUAGGAACCAGAGGAUCAAUAGGAGCCAGAAGAUCAAUAAGAGCCAGAGGAUCGGUAGGAGCCAGAGGAUUGGUAGGAACCAGAGGAUUGGUAGGAGCCAGAGGAUCAAUAGGAGCCAGAGGAUCGGCAGGAACCGGAGGAUCAAUAGGAACCAGAGGAUCGAUAGGAGCCAGAGGAUCAGUGGGAACCAGAGGAUCAGCAGGAACCAGAGGAUCAAUAGGAGCCAGAGGAUCGGUAGGAACCAGAGGAUCGAUAGGAACCAGAGGAUCAAUAGGAGCCAGAGGAUCGGUAGGAGCCAGAGGAUUGAUAGGAGCCAGAGGAUUGGUGGGAGCCAGAGGAUUGGUGGGAGCCAGAGGAUCGGUGGGAACCAGAGGAUCAACAGGAACCAGAGGAUCGGUAGGAACCAGAGGAUCAAUAGGAGCCAGAGGAUUGGCGGAAACCAGAGGAUCGGUGGGAGCUGGCAGCUUUUUGACACCUGCUUCCCUGAGGUGGGAUGGGGGAGCCCCCAGCCUGUCUCCUGCAGCCCCAGGAGCAGCCCUGCUGAGGAGGCGGUGACUUAGUCCCGGCUUUGCUGGGCGAAGCUGGGCAGGAUGGUGCCAUGGGGGCUUUCUCGCUGGUCCGAGCCCCCGGAUCGCAUUGCCAGGGCUGGUCUGAACGCGGGUGCGCUGGCCACGCUCUGCUCCCUGGGACUGCCAUCCGUGGGUCACGCGUGGCAUUUGUGUCCUCGGCAUGGGAAAAGGGCUCCUCCGUCCCCGCUCCGCAGAUGUGACCAUCACACGAGCACCGUGCUGGCUGUCUCAGUGCUGCUCCUCAGAUCCCCACUCGGUCUUGCAGGUGUUGGUCUGGAACAGCCAUGUCCCGGCUCUGCAUUGCGGUUGAGUCCCGGUGACAUCGCCUGCUUUUGGGGAGCAGGGACGGGGCUGUGUCACCCCAGCUCCUGCCAGAAACCCCUGGGGAUGAGUGGAGGGGCUGGGAAUGACAGUUCUGCUCCCAGUGCCGGGUUCGCUCCCAGUCCCGGUUCUGCUCACAGUCCUGGUUCUGCUCCCAGCCCCGGUUCUGCUCCCAGCCCCGGUUCUGCCUUGAGUCCUGGCUCCCAGUUCAAAUUGUGCUCCCAGUCCCCGUUCCACUCCCAGUCCUGGUUCUGCUCCCAGCUCCAUUCUGUUCCCGGUCCCGAUUCCACUCCCAGCUCCAUUUCUGCUCCCAGUCUCGGUUCUGCUCCCAGUCCCGGUUCUGCUCCCACUGCCAGUUCCACUCCCAGCCCCAUUUCUGCUCCCAGUCCUGAUUCUGCUCUCAGUCCUGGUUCUGAUCCCAAUCCCGGUUCUGCUCCCAGUCCCGGUUCUGCUCCCAGUCCCGGUUCUGUUCCCAGUCUCGGUUCUGCUCCCAGUUCAAAUUCUGCUGCCAGUCCCAUUUCUGUUCCCAGUCCCAUUUCUGCUCCUAGCACCAGUUCCACUCCCAGCCCCAAUUCUGCUCCCAGCCCCGGUUCUCCCAGCCCUGGUUCUCCCAGUCCCAGUUCCUCUCCCAGCCCCAGUUCUCCCAGUCCCGGUUCCUCUCCCAGUCCCGGUUCCUCUCCCAGCCCUGGUUCUCCCAGUCCCAGUUCCUCUCCCAGCCCCAGUUCUCCCAGUCCCGGUUCCUCUCCCAGCCCCGGUUCCUCUCCCAGCCCUGGUUCUCCCAUCCACGGUUCUCCCAGUCACGGUUCUCCCUGCCCAGUUCCUCUCCCAGCCCCCGGUUACUCUCCCAGUCCCAGUUCUCCCAGUCCCAGUUCUCCCAGCCCCAGUUCUCCCUGCCCAGUUCCUCUCCCAGCCCCGGUUCUCCCAGCCCCAGUUCUCCCAGUCCCGGUUCCUCUCCCAGCCCCGGUUCUCCCUGCCCAGUUCCUCUCCCAGCCCCGGUUCUCCCAGCCCCGGUUCUCCCAGCCCCGGUUCUCCCAGCCCGGUUCCGUCCCAGCGCCGGUUCUCCCCGCCCGGUUCCGUCCCGCUGUGCAGGCUGCGGGCCGGUGGCCGUGGCCAUGAAGUCAUCGCUGAUUGAUGGAGGGGAACAGUCUUUGUCCAACACGGAGAACAAACCGCGGGGAUGUGAAAUUCCAGCCUCGUCCCAGGAGCAGGUUACAAUAUCAAACUUGGCAGGAAGGGCCGGCUGGAAGACAACGGGAUUUUGUUGGAAAGGAAGGAAGUGUCUAUAGGACACUGUGGAAAAAGCAAACCUGGGGAAGGAGCGGCGUCAACCAUCUGGUGGGAGCAGCCGUGCUCCGGGAUCUUGUGUUGGGGCAGGAGAGCCUGGAGCUGCAGCCGGGAGCCCGGACCGUGGCGGGUCCAAGAGGAACGUGGGCGCUUUGCCGGGGACGGUCCGUCCCGAGGAGCCGCCAUGAGCGCCAGGCUGGUGCUGGGACGUUGCCAUCGUGCCUUGGCCAUAGCCAGGGAGCCGGUGGGACGUUCCUCGGCCUUUUUGUUGCUGUUUUGUUGCUGCAAGAAAAUGAAUCCCUCCGUGGCCUGUUGGACUCAGCGACGGGUUCACUUGUGCGCCAGCGUUGGGUUUCAAAGCUUGUGGAGGUUCUUGAGCUCUGCAGAGACGUUUGUGCUCCUCAGGAUGCUGCAGGAGCGCGGUCCCCACGUCCCCAGGUGGCACGUGUCUGGCUCUCCCGCCCCAAACCUGUGUGGGUGCUGAACCUCCCCCCUAAAUCCACCGUGGCUGUGGAAGGAACCCGGGUUGCAUUCCAGGCGGAUGGAAGGGGGAGUAUCCAAGGGGGAUACUCGAGGUCGGAGACCCGCUCUGUGGAAGGGGCGCUCUGAGCAGAGACACCCGUAUGUCCCUGUGCAACCUGGGUGCAGCUCAUGGUGCCUGAAAAUGGGCUGAAAACUCCAAAAGCCUGCGUGGCCGGACUAAAAACAGUAAAACCAGGGAUAUUCCAUGGACCAGCAGCUCGGUGUGGGCAGAUGGUGCAAGGAUCCUUCUGCUGAGAGCUUUCUUUAAUUAGCAAUUAGCUCCUUGCCGUGCCGCGGUCCUGGUGCGGGGAUGCUGAACGCGCGCCGCGGGGCUCUGCGCCGGAGCUGGGUGUGCUCAGCAAACCCUCAGCAUCCUCCUUUCUUUGGGGUGGUGUUUAUUUUCCAUCAUUAUGUGAAGGUGGGACACGUGGGAGGUGACGGGGUGGCCUUGGGCAGGGCGAGCUGGGACCUGGCUCGGGGGUGACGGCCCCUCCAUGCACCGUCCCGUCACCGCGGCUCAGGUCACCCCACCAGAAGCCCAAAUAGCAGGAACCAGCUCGUAAACCUUCGUGCCAAGACGCUCUUACUGAAUUAUGUUUUCUUUGUGUGUGUGGUAACUACGUUCCUCUGGCUUAUAUGGCAGGCUAAGAGAUUUAUCCAUCGCUAAUAUUUGUUUUGUUUUGACAGGAUAAUGUAUGUUUCCCAUAUGUUGCCCUGUGCUUGCAGCAAAAUAAUCCCUACCUAUAAAAUAUUAAUGCAAAAAAACCCCACCAACCCUUCUUAAAGUACUUCUGGACUUCUUUACUUUUCGGUCCAUUGUCUUGGAUCACGUUAACGCCAAACGGCACGGUGUCGGUGGAAGUGGCUGUGAGUUAUGGGCUCGUCUCCCUCUGGCCACAGCCCUCGUGUAAUUCAUCCCGUCCUCGAGCAGCGCAGCCUCCCGGACGGGCAGGGAUGUGGGCAGGGAUGUGGGCAGCGCAGGCAGGGAUGCAGGCAGGGAUGCUGCAGGCAGCGCAGGCAGUGCAGGCAGUUAUGCGAGCAGUGCAGGCAGGGAUGCGAGCAGUGCAGGCAGGGAUGCAGGCAGCGCAGGCAGGGAUGUGCCAGGGAUGCAGGCAGGGAUGCAGGCAGUGCAGGCAACACAGGCAGGGAUGCAGGCAGGUGUGAGGGCAGGGAUGCUGCAGGGAUGCGGCAGGGGUGAGGGCAAGGAUGCUGCAGAGAUGCAGGCAGGGAUGCCGCAGGGAUGCAAGCAGCGCAGGCAGGGAUGCAGGCAGAGAUGCAGGCAGGGACACAGGCAAGGAUGCAGGCAGGCAUGCUGCAGGGAUGCGGGCAGGGAUGCAGGCAGGGAUGCUGCAGGCAGCGCAGGCAGCGCAGGCAGGGAUGCAGGCAGUGAUGCUGCAGAGAUGCAGGCAGUGAUGCUGCAGGCAGCGCAGGCAGGGAUGUGAGCAGCACAGGCAUGGGUGCAGGCAGAGAUGUGGUAGGGAUGCAGGCAGGGAUGCUGCAGGCAGCGCAGGCAGGAAUGUGAGCAGCACAGGCAGGGAUGCAGGCAGGGAUACGAGCAGUGCGGGCAGGGAUGUGAGCGGUGCAGGCAGGGAUGCAGGCAGGGAUGCAGGCAGGGAUGCAGGCAGCGCAGGCAGGCUGCCCUCACCUCACCUCACCACCCCACUU